GAUGAGGAUGGAGGGGAGGAGAGAAGAUUCUGGCUCGGGUCGGACCAGAGAAGUUUGGGCCUGACCUUUUGCGUGAUCACGUGACUGGUAAGAGGAGGAUGUGAGGAUUAGAGGUGAAGGUAUAAAAGCACGACGAGCAGACGACGCACUUCACAAGUGCGAGAAGAAGAGCAGAGAUUGGCGGUGGCCUCGUGGCAAAUCUGUGACAGCAGUCACCCUCAACAAAAAUGAACGCCAACCCCCCUGCAGGAAGCGCCCUGGCUCCAGCUGGAGCCGCCGGCCCCACCACACCCAAGAAGGGACCACCCAAAUUCAAGCAGAGGCAGACCCGUACAUUCAAGAGCAAGGCCCCCAAACCCGGCCAGAAGGGCUUUGGUGACGACAUCCCCGGCAUGGAGGGUCUCGGCACAGACAUCACAGUGGUGUGCCCAUGGGAAGCCUUCGGCGACAUGGAGCUUAGCGACUUGGCCAAAUACGGCAUCAUCUAAACCUGCCGCCUCCUGCCUUCCUCGCCUGCCUGCACCUCUCCUCUAUCUAAUCCUCUCCGGCCCUGCCUGGUCUCCACUUUGACUCGGCACGCCGCGAUAAGGCUGCCAGCAAAAAACUCCCCCGAUGCCCUCUCGUCUAUAUACCUCUCGCGUCACUCCACUGAGUGGAUGGAAAGCAUAAUAAUGUUCUUAUUUUUAUAUUAUUAUAUUAUAUACGAUACUGUUUAUAGUAUAUAUACUAUAAAAAGGAUCUCCACACACCUUACCCCCUCUCCCUUCCUCCAUGUACAACUCCUAACUUCUCCUCCCUGACCUCCCCUCUCUCCCUUCGCCUCUCCUCACCCACGGCAAUGGACACAAGCAAAACACUAGUUAACACUGGCUCGGAUUUGCUUCUAGCUGUCUAUUAAAAAAAGAAAUGUAAAUAUUUUGUUGGACCUUUUUACCUUGUCUUCCGUCCCACCUUUUGUACUUCUCCCCUCUUUUGUUUCGCAUUGUGUUUUCUACUCCUUGUGCACAAGGUUACUGUGAACACCAAGGGAUGCAAGGAGAGCGUGCAAACGUGAUCAUGGAGGAUCCCUUCUUAUCCUAUCUCUCUCUCUCUCCUUGCUGCUCUCUGAACCCAUGUCCCUCUUUAGAGAAACAACAAGGCACGUAUGUUUUUUGCGUUGCAGAAAGUGCAUCGUGUGAACUGGUAUGUCCUGAUAGGCGCAGUAAAAUGUGUUUAUUUUUAGUACUCAGUGUUGUCUGUCUCUUUUCUUUUCUGGAACACCGAAUAAAAACUGGAAAACAAACACGACGCUCUUGAAAUGAAUCACAAGUAAAAACACGGCAAAGGGAAACAUCAUGACCUGACAUCCCUAAUAAGGAGCUCGGAUGAGAAACAAAGUGACUCCAUCAACAUUUUCCAGCAGUCGUCUAACUCAAAUUGAUGACAUCUCCUCUCUGUGUCUGAACUACGAUGCUGUCUGGGUACAUCUAAUAAUAAUUAGUGCUAAUUUUAAGCAACAAACUCCCACAAGGCUCUUUGUUGGAAACGGAAAACAAAUCAUGGUGUUCUCUUUUGCAAAUGUCAUGUAACAAGUCGCUCCCUCGUUUGACAAGGA